AUAAUCACAAAUAAGAAAAAGAUCAUCAACAACAAAUUUUCAGAGGUUUAAUAAUUUAAUUUGUCCUCAGAAUCCCCGCCCCAAAAUCUCAUACAUACCCCACAUGUUAUUUUCAAAUUACAUCUCAGAAAAUUUCGUAAGUAAAAUAAGCUACAAUAAUGGCGGAAGCAAAACCCCAACUCCAACCGGUCGCCACUGCUGACGCAAACGGCGGUGGAUUUGGCGGGUUCUUCCAACUGGGUCGGCCGAAGCUCCGGGUGACGUCGGAGUACAACAGUGAGAGCUCCGUCUUUCUUCACAAGGCUUCCUGCAAAUUGUUGGACAAUUUAGCAAAAUUCAAACUGUCUUUUCGUAACAACAGCAAAGGGCAAGUGUCCGAGCCCCAAAUUACAUUCACUUCGAAAUUCUUUUCGUUGCACUAUGAUGUCGAGGAAAACGAUGCUCUGCUCAAGACUUGGUUUGAAAUCGUGCCAGGAUUCCAGUUCAAAGCUACCCAGCAAGUCAAGGCUCAACAAGGUGAGGUCGCAAUGGUUGCAGAUCUUGCGGGUCCAGCCUACAAAUUUGAAUUGUCAUCAACUCUGCCAUCCAUUGGCAUGCCAAGAGCAACUUUUAAAUUUCCUCUUGGCGAAGUUUCAUUGGAGGAGAAAGACGAGGAAGAAGAGGAGCAUAAGAGAACUUUAUCCAUGAGUGGGAUUCUUAGAAGUCAUAUUCUGAACGGAGUAUGCACUGCUCAAUACAAUGAGGAAAAAUUGGAUUUAAGAUAUGCAUUCAAGGAUGAGCAAAUGACUUUCAUUCCAAGCAUUUCUCUGCCUUCAAAUGCGUUCUCGUGUGCAUUUAAGCGGAGAUUCAACUCUGCCGACAAGUUGAGUUACUGUUAUUACUUUGAUUCAAACAAUUGGAGUGUCGUCUACAAACACAUGGUUGCAAAGGACUACAAGUUGAAAGCCGGUUAUGAUUCUCAAGUCCGACUCGGUUGGGCAUCCGUAUGGGUCGGAGAUGAAAAAGGCAAAGCAAAGACGGCCCCAAUGAAGAUGAAAGUGCAAUUGAUGCUCCAAAUCCCUCAAGACGACAUAAAAUCAUCGGCGUUGAUGUUCCAUGUGAAGAAGAGAUGGGAUAUAUAGUUGGAGCUGAUGUUGCAUGCUGCUAGCAGAAGCAUAAUUGCGUGUAUUAUAAACUAUUGUACUGACCCUUAUCUUCCUAAAUGGUUUCAUUCUU